GCCAAAAGCUAUGCUCAGUCUUUUUCAUCGUGGUCGUCCUGGAGUGAAAGUGUCUCAGGUGCACCAUUCACGUAUUUUGAUAAAUACAGCUGUAUUUUUUAGAAAAUUCACUUAAAAAUUAUUCUCUUGAAUAAAAUGAACUCUUCAAAAAACAAAAGAAGUUCUAAAAAAUUAUUUGAUGAUGAUGGUAGUGAUGCAAAUAAUUCAAAAAAAAUCCAUUUGGAGCAGCAAGUAAAUAAAAAAAAUGAUGAUCUGCUCAAUCAAGAAGCAGUAGUAGUUGAAGAUGAGGUUGUACAACAGAGACAACCCGAAAAAUCAGUUAAUACUCGAGAAUUCGUGGGAUAUUCAUCGUUCAAAGGAUUCAAAGCAUAUGACAAAUCUAUAGAAAUCAUUGCAAAAGUCAGUGGAUUCUCAGGUCCUUCUGAAGUUGGGGAAGACAAAAAUAGUCUUUAUAAAGUCGAUUUAGUCAAUGAUAGAGGAGAAAAACUCCAGCUAGCUGCUUGGAAUGACGAAAUAAAACGCAUUGCUCCAUAUAUUAAAACUAAUGCGAUCCUUCAUAUUGAAUCAGUAUAUUGUAAGCCAAUUACCAAGCCCAAAUACAACAAAGGGACGGAAAAUUAUGAGUUAGUAGUUCAAUCGAACACCAAUAUUACUAUCCAAGGUCACGAUGACAUCGGGAACAAUGCAGUUCAACUUAAUCGACCAGCUCCUCUUAUCAAAAUUCGUAAUUUACUCGUGUGUGGUCACCAAUUAAUACGAACUGUCGGAUUUAUUAAAACUAAUUUUGGUCUCAUUAAGACAUUAAAUGCAAGAAAUCAAUAUAUUUGUGGAUCUAUCACAGAUAAGCACAUAAAAAUAGAAGUUAGAAUUCACGGUAUAGAAGACUGUCAGAUUCCUUUCACUAAAGGAGAUCAUAUUUCUCUCAAAGGGUCGAUUCAGGUUAAUGCUAAUCCUGUUUACAUCUUAGUAGAGAAAGCAGAAGACAUAACUCGAGAAAGUGAUGAAAAACUUAGUUUCGCUCGCCUGAUGCAGAUAACAGAGGGCUUGGAUGCUGAUUCUCAUCGUCGGAGAUACGAUUCAGAUGACAAUGAAUAAUAGUUUUUUGUUAUGUUUCUAUUUAAAAAAAACAUAACAUUCAAUCAUUUUCUAUUCCAAAAUUACCAUUUUAUUUUUGAACUAAAAAAAA